AUGCCCUCUUAUGCGGCCGUAGGCCCUCAGGGAUUCCCACAACUGGAGGCAGGCAAGCACUACCCUUAUCGAUCUGAUCGCUGUGUUUCUUGUGCCCUGGCAGCAGGUGUGCACUGGGGCUAUGAAGAGACCAAGACACUCCUGGCCGUUCUCAGUAAUUCUGAGUUUCAUGAAAAACCCCUGACCCGUGAGCAGAUCAUCCAGAUCUACAGGGCCGCAGCAGAACAAGUGCAGGAGCAGGGCUUUCUGCGGACCGCAGAGCAGUGUCGCACUAAGGUCAAAAUCCUACAGUCGCGUUACCACAAAGUGAGGAGAGGCCAUGUGCCUGAGCCUUGUAUCUUUCAUGAGGAAAUGGAUGCCCUUUCAAGCUCCUGGUCCUCUGCAGCAACUGUGGCAAGUGAUGCUGUUCCUGGCCAAGAGGGAAGUGAUAUGGAGGCUGGAGAGCUGAGUCUGCAGAACAGGGAGCCCACAGAGGUUGGAGAAGGUACCACUGUGGGUGCUGCAGCAGGGGAUGAAAAGGACUUCAGGGAUCCUGGCCAGGAAGUUAGCAGAUUUGACCUGUCAGUCCUGUUCCCAAACAGACUUGAUUUUGAGAUCAAGAAUGAGAUUAAAAAGAAGAAUCUGAAAUGGAAUGACUCAGAGGAAGCAGACAUGAACAAGGCUUUACAGAGAAAUUCUAGUGAAGUUUUUUGGCACUCUGAGCUAAAAAGAGGCUGGAAGGGUGGGCCAAUGUCAAGAAGGCAACAUAGAUGUUCUCCAGGGGAGAGUGACGAAGUAACCCCAUCCCAGGAAAGGAUGAGUCACUAGAGACUUCCUACUUGGAAGAAGGCCUGUGCACAUCUCCUGUGUGGGAGAAAGUGCUCUCAGAGUUCUCCCUCUCACCACCAGCCAGCUCCUGAACUGGAAAAAACUUCUCAAUGUCACGAAUGUGGGAAAAGCUUUAGCCGAGGUUCUUAUCGUGUUCGGCAUCAAAGAAUCCACACAGGAGAGAAGCCUCACAAGUGCAGUGAAUGUGGGAAGGGCUUUAGUGAGCGCUCCAACCUCACGGCACACCUAAGAACUCACACAGGGGAGAGACCCUAUCGGUGUGGGGAAUGUGGGAAAAGCUUCAACUAGAGCUCUAGCCUCGUCGUCCACCAGAGGACGCACACUGGGGAGAAGCCAUAUCAGUGCACUGUCUGUGGAAAGAGAUCCAACAACAGUUCCCAGUUUAGCGCCCACCGGCGUGUCCACACUGGGGAGAGCCCAUACAAGUGUGUGCAGUGUGGGAAAAACUUCAACAACAGCUCCCACUUCAGGGCCCACCAGAAAACCCACACUGGGGGAAAGCCUUACAAGUGUUCUCACUGUGCAAAAAGCUUCACUAAGAACUCUGCCCUCGUCCGCCAUUGGAGGGUACACAUGAAAGAGAUACUGACAUCACAGGAAGGAGCAGAGAUGCCAUGAGUGUGCAGGAAACCUGACAGAUCAAUUCCUUAGGUGAACAUAUUUUCCUUUGAGCUUCCUUCUGCUUAUGGAGAGUUCUACUAGCCAAUCCCUGGCUUAGCAGUAGAGUGAUUGACAACCAGUUAAGCACUUAAGAACCCUGCCCAGCAGUAAGAAUCAGGAUAAGAAUGAUGAACUCUUUCUAGCUCUGUGUAUGACUCCAGAAUCCUGUCUCACUGUGGACCUCAGUUUUGCUUUGAAUGAAAGAAGGCUGUAGAAUCCACAAGUCUUGUGGGGAAACCAUGGUAUCUUUCUUCUGAACAGACGGUGGGUGGCCAGUGUCCUGAAAAGUGUUUCUGGUCCAUGCCAGAGAAGAAAUUCUUCCUCCUGGUUAGCACAUCUAGAAGUUAACAGCCUGGAUCUAUUCUAAACCCAUAAUUGACCUCUAGGCACCUACUGUUAUGUACUACUGCUACCUUCAGAGCAGAUCACUGCUCUGUAACCCAGCCACCACCAAAAUGGGAACAAAGGAGAGGAAGGAUAGGUUAAGCAAAUGUGUAAUACUAAAUCUAAGUGACUUAAUCUUAGAGCAAGGGUAACUUCUAGGGUAAUAUUUGUAAGAUUUCUCAUCUUACUAUCA